AUGGACAUAAUACUGGUCAGUCUUCUGGAUGUGCACGACAAGGGUCCAGACAGUCUAUUAGCCAUAGACAACAAGGCUCUGAAUCACGUCAGACCUCCACUUGUGGACGACAUGGUUCUGGAUCAGGUCACUCUUCCAGCUGUGGCCAACAUGGAUCUAGCUCCAGUCAGUCUUCUCACUAUGGACAACAAGGGCCCACUCAAUCACCUAGUCAGAGAAAACACGGUUCUCGUUCACCUCAGUCGUCUGGCUCUGGACAACAUGGAUCUGGCUCAGGACACUGUUCCAACUGUGGCCAACAGGGAUCCAGCUCUGGUCAGUCUUCUGGCUAUGGACAACAGGAGUCAAGUCAGUCUUCGAGUCACAGGAGACGUGGGUCUAGUUCCAGUGAGACUUCUAGCUGUGGCCAGCAUAGCUCUGGAUCAGGUCAGUCCUCCACUUAUGGACAACAUGGCUCUGGAUCAGGCAAUUCAUCAAGCCGUGGCCAACAGGGAUCGAGCUCUAGUCAGUCUGCUGGCUAUGGACAACAAGGGUCCACUCCAUCUUCCAGUCACAGACAACAAAGCUCGGGUUCAGUCUUCUAGCUGUGGCCAACAUGGAUCUGUAUCUCGUGAGUCUGCUAGCUAUGGCCAACAUGGAUCGACUCAGUCUUCAAGCCAUAGACAACAUAGCUCUGGUAAUAUUCAGUCCCCUAGUCCUGUUCAACAUGGGUCUGCAUCAGGUCAAUCUUCCAGCUGUGGCCAACACAGCUUUAGCUCUGGUCAGUCUUCUGCCCCUCGUAAAAAUGAGUCAAGUCAGUCUUCCAAUUCUGGGCAAAACGGAUCAAGUUCAGGUCAGUCUUCUAGCUGUGGGAAACAUGGUUCUGCAUCAGGCCAUUCUUCUAGCUCUGGCCAAGACAAGUCAAGUCAGUCUUCAAGACAUAGACUACAUGGGUCUAGUUCAGGUCAGUCUACAAGCUGUGGCCAACAUGGUUCUGGAUCAGCACAGGCCUCCACUAAUGGACAACAUGGCUCUGGAUCAGGCCAUUCCUCUAGCUGUGGCCAACAUGGAUCUAGCUCUGGUCAGUCUUCUACCUGUGGCCAACAUGGUUCUGGAUCGAGCCAAUCGUCUACCUGUGGUCAAGACAAGUCAAGUCAUACUUCCAGUAAUAGGCAACAUGGGUCUAGUUUAGGUCAUUCUUCCAGCUCUGACCAACAUGGUUCUGGAUCUGGUCACUCUUCUCGCUGUGGCCAACACAGAUCCAGUUCUGGUCAAAAUUCUGGUCAUGGUCAACAUGAGUCAAGUCAUUCUUCCAGCUCUGGCCAACAUGGUUCUGGAUCUGGUCAGUCCUCCAGCUCUGGUCAGCCUGGGUCCAGCUCAGGCCACUCUUCUAGCUGUGGCCAACACAGAUCCAGUUCUGGUCAAAAUUCUGGCCAUGGUCAACAUGGCUCUGGAUCAGGUCAGUCUUCUAGCUGUGGACAACAUGGAUCUGUAUCUCAUGAGUCUGCUAGCUAUGGACAACAUGGAUCGACUCAGUCUUCGAGCCACAGACAACAUGGCUCUGGUAAUAUUCAGUCCCCUAGUCCUGUUCAUCAUGGGUCUGCAUCAGGUCAAUCUUCCAGCUGUGGCCAACACAGCUCUAGCUCCGGUCCGUCUUCCGCCCCUGGUAAAAAUGAGUCAAGUCAGUCUUCCAAUUCUGGGGACCACGGAUCAAGUUCAGGUCAGUCUUCUACCUGUGGAAAACAUGGUUCUGCAGCAGGUCAUUCUUCUAGCUCGGGCCAAGACAAGUCAAAUCAGUCUUCAAGACAUAGACGACGUGGGUCUAGUUCAGGUCAAUCUUCCAGCUGUGGCCAACACAGCUCUAGCUCUGGUCAGUCUUCUGCCCCUCGUAAAAAUGAGUCAAGUCAGUCUUCCAAUUCUGGGCAACACGGAUCAAGUUCAGGUCAGUCUUCUAGCUGUGGGAAACAUGGUUCUGCAUCAGGUCAGACCUCCACUUAUGGACAACAUGGUUCUGCAUCAGGCCAUUCUUCUAGCUCUGGUCAAGACAAGUCAAGUCAGUCUUCAAGACACAGGCGUCGUGGGUCUAGUUUAGGUCAGUCUACCAGAUGUGGCCAACAUGGUUCUGGAUCAGGUCAGGCCUCCACUAGCGGACAACAUGGCUCUGGAUCAGGCCAUUCCUCUAGCUGUGGCCAACAUGGAUCUAGCUCUAGUCAGUCAUCUGGCCAUGGUCAACAUGAGUCAAGUCAGUCUUCGAGUCAUACGCGACAGGAGUCUAGUUCAGGUCAGUCUUCCACCUGUGGCCAACACAGUUCUGGAACGAGUCAAUCUUCUAGCUGUGGUCAAGACAAGUCAAGUCAGUCUUCCUCUAACAGGAAACAUGGCUCCAGUUCAGGUCAUUCUUCCAGCUCUGGCCAACAUGGUUCUGGAUCUGGUCAGUCCUCUAGCUCUGGUCAGCCUGGGUCCAACUCAGGCCACUCUUCUAGCUGUGGCCAACACAGAUCCAGUUCUGGUCAAAAUUCUGGUCAUGGUCAACAUGCGUCAACUGUGGCCAACAUGGCUCUGGAUCAGGUCAGUCUUCUAGCUGUGGCCAACAUGGCUCUGGAUCAGGUCAGUCUUCUAGCUGUGGCCAACAUGGAUCGACUCAGUCUUCGAGCCAUAGACAACAUGGCUCUGGUAACAUUCAGUCCCCUAGUCCUGUUCAUCAUGGGUCUGCAUCAGGUCAAUCUUCCAGCUGUGGCCAACACAGCUCUAGCUCCGGUCCGUCUUCCGCCCCUGGUAAAAAUGAGUCAAGUCAGUCUUCCAAUUCUGGGGACCACGGAUCAAGUUCAGGUCAGUCUUCUACCUGUGGAAAACAUGGUUCUGCAGCAGGUCAUUCUUCUAGCUCGGGCCAAGACAAGUCAAAUCAGUCUUCAAGACAUAGACGACGUGGGUCUAGUUCAGGUCAAUCUUCCAGCUGUGGCCAACACAGCUCUAGCUCUGGUCAGUCUUCUGCCCCUCGUAAAAAUGAGUCAAGUCAGUCUUCCAAUUCUGGGCAACACGGAUCAAGUUCAGGUCAGUCUUCUAGCUGUGGGAAACAUGGUUCUGCAUCAGGUCAGACCUCCACUUAUGGACAACAUGGUUCUGCAUCAGGCCAUUCUUCUAGCUCUGGUCAAGACAAGUCAAGUCAGUCUUCAAGACACAGCCGUCGUGGGUCUAGUUUAG